CCGAGGGCUGACAAGCGUAGAGCGUCGUCCGCCCGCGCCAUGGGUCCGGUGGUGGAGCGGCCGGCCGAGCCGGGCACGAGCAGCGUGGCGGAGCUGGAGCUGCUGAAGCAGCGCGCGGCGGAGCGCAUUGACGAGGCGGCCGAGCGCCUGGGCGCGCUGAGCCGCGCCAUCUGGAGCGCGCCCGAGCUGGCCUACGAGGAGCACGGCGCGCACCGGGAGCUCACACGCUUCUUGGAGCGCGAGCCUCCCGCCGCCUCCUGGGCCGUGCAGCCGCACUUCGGGCUCCCCACCGCCUUCCGUGCCGAGUGGGCGCCGCCGGAGGCGGCCGCGGGGCCCGGCGCGCUGCAGCUGGGCUUCCUGUGCGAGUACGACGCGCUGCCGGCCCUGGGCCACGCCUGCGGCCACAACCUCAUAGCCGAGGUCGGGGUGGCGGCGGCGCUGGGCCUGCGGGCUGCGCUGGAGAGCGUCGCUGCGCCACCGCCCGUCAAGGUCAUUGUCCUGGGAACCCCUGCAGAAGAAGACGGUGGUGGCAAGAUUGACUUAAUCAAAGCGGGUGCUUUUAAAGACCUAGAUGCUGUUUUCAUGGCUCAUCCGUCUCAAGAGGAUGCCGCCUAUCUACUGGAUGUGGCUGAGCAUGAUGUUACUGUGAAAUACUAUGGGAAGCCUUCUCAUGCUGCCGCUUACCCUUGGGAGGGAGUAAAUGCCUUAGACGCUGCAGUUCUCGCCUAUACCAAUCUCUCUGCGUUAAGACAACAGAUGAAACCAACCUGGAGACUUCAUGGUAUAAUAAAAAACGGUGGUGUAAAGCCCAAUAUCAUCCCCUCUUACUCUGAAUUAAUCUAUUACUUCCGUGCACCCUCAAGGAAAGAGCUUCAAGUUUUGACCAGAAAGGCGGAAGACUCCUUCAGAGCUGCAGCUUUGGCUACAGGCUGUACAGUAGAAAUUAAAAGUGAAGCACACGAUUAUUACAAUGUUCUUCCCAAUAAGACACUGUGCAGUGCGUAUAUGGAGAAUGGGAAGAAGCUGGGAAUAGAGUUCAUCUCAGAAGAUGCAAUGUUGAAUGGGCCUUCAGGCUCCACUGAUUUUGGAAAUGUCAGUUUUGUGGUUCCUGGGAUCCACCCGUAUUUUUACAUUGGGACUGAUGCCUUGAAUCACACGGAGCAGUACACAGAAGCUGCAGGAUCACAAGAAGCUCAGUUGUACACUUUGCGUACAGCCAAAGCUCUGGCAAUGACUGCACUGGAUGUCAUCUUUAAGCCUGAGUUGCUGGAAAGAAUCAGGGAGGAGUUUCAAUCGAAGCUUCAAGAAGAACAGCUUUUAAAUACACCUGCCUAGGAGGAGGACUGGGGACUGCUCAGGAAAGCACUGAGUUGGCUUGUUUGUUUUUGACCUCUACCAUUUUUUCAAUGCAAGAGAGCAUGCUUGAUUUUCACUCUUGGUAGGUGAGGGCAGGAUAUAGCAAAGACACUAAUGGAGUUUGUGAUAUUUCAGGCAUUGGUAUGUGAUGCCAUUUCUUAAGCUGGAUGAUAUGUGAUUCUGUACCAUGGUAAGGCAAUGUUUUGUAAAUGUAUCUUUUGUAUGGUUUUGUAAGUCCCACAGGUUUCAAAACUUAACACUCAUGAACUCUGUGGUUCAGAGUAGUGAAUGUCUUCUCCGCAGUUUAAAGUUUGGGCAGUUUGUUUUAAGUCUAACUGUAUCUGUCUUGGUCUAGAGACUUAAUCAGAUGCUUGUAGAACACACCUAGAAUCUCCAGUACAAAAAAUUAGCUUUACUUGUAACAUUUUUUUUUAAAGAGAAUGUCCUUUAUUUACAUGUAAUUACUCCAAGAAGUGGCAGAGGAGCGGUGGUCAGUACCAGGAAAAAUGACGGAAAGACGGGGUUUGGUUUUCCAAUGGGGUGGACUGUUGUGUGGUAGCCCAGGAUGUCACAAGAGUUGGGAGAGGAAUACAGGCUGGUGUGCUCUGCUCUCCAGUGUUCUGCACUGGUUCCCACCACCCAGCAGCAGCCAGCUGCCCCACAGAACUCCCCCUGAGCCCUGCUGGCCUGGAAGUGAAAUCAGCUGGGGAAGGCGGUCUCUGUAUCCUCAUGCAGGGACUUAGUGAAGUUUCUACCUUUUCUCUGGAGUUCGUCUGUUGCCUUCUCAACCCACUUUGUGCCUUUGUAUCACCAGAGCGUUUAUAGAACUAAAAAUAGAAUCCAUGUUACGAGAAAGCCAGGGUUUUACCUGGGCGUUGGAAAUCCUUCAGUGGUGUCAGUAAUAAUCCUGGAAAUGGGGGAGAGUCACAUCAAUGACCAGUUUCUCAUGAUUCUUACUUGGGCUUGAAUUUCUUUUUGGUGGCUGAGUUUAGGGCGAGUUUUCCUUCUGCCCCUGUCUUUCCUUUCCUCCUGCGGCUGCUGCCUCUCAAGUGCUGGGUUGGAGGCCUGCACAUGAACUUCUUGCCCACGAUUAAAGAGUGUGAAAGGCCGGUUAAACAAACUCUUGGGCACUAGUGUACUUUAUUGUCCUCACGUUGAGGAGGCGCUCCAGAAAUGGAAGUGGAAGGAGGCGGCCAAGUGCAUUUGGCUUCUGUGGAGGAAGCAAGUCACUUUCCCAGCUUUCACUUAGAAGGGUAAUCUCUGGAACUCCUUCCAGCCUCUAGUUCCCAUUUGAUGUGUCGUGUUGAGGGUUACUACCCAAGAACUGCUCUCUGCUCUACCCUGACUUGAUCUGGGCCUGGUGUCUGCUUGCUUACUUGCUUUUGUGCAGCCAGUAUACCAAGAGUAGCUUUUGCAUUUUUAGAGGUUAAAAAACCCACCACCACAAAACUUGAAGUAUUUACCGCCUGGCCCUUCACAGAAAAGCCUACCAGCCCACUCCAUCAGACAGUGUCUGGUUUCUGUCCUGUCAGAUGUUCUGGGUAAACUUCAGGACUGUAUUGAAGACACUUGCGUGUGUGGAUGGGGCUCCCUGACGUAGUGACCUGCACUGUUCGCUGUCAGCUCUGUCCUGCUAAACAGAAGCCUACUGCUGCUUCCCUCAUCCAGUAAGUCCUCAGAGUUCCUCUGCACACCACCCUUCUGUCCUCUCAGAGCAGCAGUGAGAACGUGCUCCUCGUGACACCUUUGUCUGGAUAGUCACAGCUGAGUUCACACAUUUGGUAUCAUUUUAUAGAAAGAGGGGUGUCCUUGAAAGCUGCAGUCAAAGACUAAGACCAUCAGAGAUGGACGUUUAUGUUGACGGAGUUCUUCUCAGUAGCAGGUUUGAGUUUCUCACAUCCUAAGGAACAGGUAUUCUCUGGCUGGUUUGGUUUUGGUUUUUGCAGUGCUGGGUAUUGAGACCAGGGCUUCACACAUGCAAGAGCAGAUCUGUAGCACUGAGCUGCGUCCCCAGCCCAGGGCAGGGCUUUGGUUUCACCUCCUAAGACCUUGACAGAAUUCCAAAACAGCGGUUGUUACUGAUACAUCCCGUCCUCUGCAGAUCGUCACAGCUGUUGCUCAUGUGUAUGUUCUGUGUUUGGUUGACCUUUGUAAGUAAAAUUAAGUUUUACUCAUGUAUAAACAAUGUCACUUUUAGGUGAGGAAGGGACGGCACUGUUUUUCUCUCUGUUGUUUCCCGUGCAGGUUGCUGUUGUCUUCACAGGGCCUUGCUGCUGCUUUGACCAGUCUGCCCUCACACUCUAGCACAGCCUGAGUAGCUGGUCAGAGGGGUGUGCCAUUGUGCACAGCUUUAGCUCUUUGUUCUCAAGAGUGAGUUCUUGUUUCUAGAAAGCUGGUGAGACUUAAAUGUGGAGUGGUUUUUUUUUAAGAAUGCAAUCGUGUUUUCUCCGGGUGUGAAUUUGAUGAGACUUUAAUCACUUAAUAGAGCCUAUAAUUCAAGCUUUUUACACGAGAUUCUAUAUUUGAAGUCAGUGUCUGUGUGAGGUGUUUUAAACUUUUCAUAUCUAGCAUAGUUGCUAAUUUUUGGAUUGACUACUUGGGCUUGAAUUUCUUUUUGGUUCAGAUACUUUCUAGUGGCUCCUGAUCACAAGAUACGUGUUCAUCCUGUGAUGGAAGCUUUCUCGUGACACCCAGAGUAGAAAAGGGAUAGCUGGUGUUACUUUUCUAAAAUACACAAACCUGAUCCAUCUCCCGAAAAGGUUAAGCUUUUUAAAAUGAGAUUUUUAGAAUUUUGACUUCGUUUCUGACAGUCGUCUGUCAGUGGGUCUGAUUGAGUUUUUGUUGUAUUGGAAAUGUUGUUGUCUUCCAGUGGUUUACAGUCUUGUAUCACUUACACCAUGUACUGAGGAUGUGUAAACACAGAGGGUCCCCACAGUCUCCCAAGGUUCUGAGUGGUGUAGUUCCAUUGAUUGUUUUUUAAACUGUUACAGUGUCAACAUUUGAGCAGUGAACAUUUGCAAAAGAGGUGUCUCGUGUGUGUGUGUGUGUGUGUGUGUGUGUGUGUGUGUGUGUGUGUGUGUCCCACACUGGAGAAAAGUAAAGACCAAGUCGUACACAGAAAUCCCUUGUGGUUGGUGGUCAGUUCUCCCAGGAUUUACUUCAUCUGACCCACACUGGGGUGGAGGGGCACCUGAAAACUGUCCUGGGGAUUUUUAAGGAAGGGUUUUAAAUACUUUAAAAUGUGUGAGUCACUUCAGUCUUUUAAACAGAGAAAUUUGAUGUCAAGUCCUUUCAAACUUUGUAACUUUUUUUUU